AUGAAUUUACUGAAGCAAGUGGGAGAUUUAUUCCUGGAGUCUUCUUCGGACGAAGAAGAACAAGACGGAGAGGAGGAGAGGAAAACAACGACGACAAAGAAGAACAAUGAGAAGAAGAAGAAGGACGAAUCAUCACCAACAAUAGAAAAUAAAGAUGAAGAAGAAGAAGAGGAUGAUGAUGAUGAUGAAUUAUUAAUCGCGGCGCAAAACGCGUUCAACUUCACCAAAGACUACACGAAAAAAGCCAUGGAGUUCUCGAAAUCGACUUUGCAGAAAACGAGAGAAGAAGUCGCGAUAUUAGCGAACGAGUUGAAGGAAGAUUUCAAAGAGUUGAAGGAGGAAAUAAAAGAGGAUUUUACGAAAGCGAUGGGAUCGGACGACGACGACGAGGAUUCAGAUGAUGAUAAUUUAGAUGAUGAUGAUUCGGAAGGAACGAGACAGAGAAAGAGAGAAGAACGAGAAGAGAAGAAGAAGAAGUUGAAAGAACAAGGGAUGUUGUAUGAUUCGGACGAAGAAGAUGAAGACGAGGACUACAGCGACGACGAUUUGGUUCUCGUCCAAGAGUCGUUGGAAAAAGCCGGGGAGAAGAUCGAACAGUUUGGGAGAAACGCGGCGAAGUUUACCGGGAACUUAUUUUCGCAGGUGAAAGAAACAAUUAAACAAGCGCAAGUAGAGAGCGACAGGCAGCGGUUGAAGAACGCGCUGGCGAGGAGUGGAGUUGGAGUUGCCUCCUCGUCCUCAAGCAAGAACACGGACAACCCGAACGCCAGAAACGCAAACAGCAAAAACAAAAACAACGGCGCUUCAAAAGAACUCUCCGAAAAAGAAAUCAAAGAGCAGGAAUUCCUCAAAGGCGUAUCCUCCAUCCAACGCGAUUCUGGCACGUACUGCGAAGCGCCCGAAGACGACGACGUCCUCUUCCAAGAGUUUAAUAAAAAUUGGACGUUAGAAAACGCUCGAGAAGAUAUCGACGCCGUUUUAAAAGAAGCGCCGUUCAUGCGAGAGUUGAGAGGAAGGAUUGUCCCGCUAAUCGUCGACGAGGACGACUUUUGGCGAAGGUAUUUCUUCGCCGUCCAAACGUUGAGGACAAAAAUUUAUCCUCCGGCUCCUCCUCCUCCUCCUCCUCUUCCUCCUCUUCCUCCUUCUCCUCCUCCUGUUCCUCCCGUUUCUCCUCCUCCGGCUCCCGCGGCGAAGAAGAAGGAAGAAGACGUAUCAAAACCAGCAUCGAAAACAACAACAGCAACAACAACAAGCAGUAGCGGCAGCGGCGGUCCCGCUCUUCCGAAACCAAAAGGAGGAGGAGGAGAAAAGAAAGAAAAAGAGAAAGAGAAGAAAACGAAGAGCAGCAGCAACAGCAACAACAACGGUGGUGGUGGUGGUGGUGAUGAUGAUGGUAGAAAGAAAGAAAACGUAAAAAAAGUAGCAUCAUCAUCCAAGGUGGCGAAAGAAGAAGAGAAAAAGUCCUCCUCUUCUCAAAAGGAUUCGUUUCCGUCGUCGUCACAAAAAACAAAAACUCCUCUUCCGUCUUCACCUGUCGUUCCUACGACUACGACUACGACUACUGUUGAUAAGAAAGAAGACUCGGAUUCAGACAUCGACGAAGACUGGGGGAUGGAAUAA